AAAAUCUCAAGAUUAUUUUGCACUAAAAAAUGGCACAAGAGGUUGAAGAAACUAUGAAACGAAUUCAGUCUCAUAAAGGAGUAGUUGGAACAAUAGUAGUGAAUGCAGAAGGUAUUCCGAUAAAAUCAACAUUAGACAACACAACAACGGUUCAAUAUGCAGGUUUGAUAAGUCAAUUGUCAGACAAAGCUCGUUCUGUCGUACGUGACUUGGAUCCAACAAAUGAUUUAACUUUCUUGCGCAUACGUAGCAAAAAACAUGAAAUUAUGGUCGCGCCAGAUAAGGAAUUCAUAUUAAUAGUGGUACAAAAUCCAGUUGAUUGAUGUUUAAUAGAAACAAAAGUAUAUUUCAAAGUCAAGAUUUAUUUCUUCGGUUAUUAAUUUAUUCUGUAUGCCAUAUUGGAUUUUAAUAUCUAUUCAAUUAGAAAAUGAAAGAAUAAAACUUCAAUAUUAUAAAAUACAACAUUUAAUUACUAAUUUAAUAAAUCAUGCUUUAAGAGCUUUCAAAUA